CCUUAGCGCCUGCGCACAGCGCGCCGUCGCCCCUCCUCCCGCUGCGCUCUCCAGCCGCGCAGGGCUGAAUGGCAAGCCCGGACCCCACGGGCCCGGAGGAGUCGGCCUUUGCUCAGCGCCGCGAGCCCCGGGUGACUCGUCGUCCUUCUGCCAGAAACCCUCCGUCCCGGCCCGCGUGGGAGAAGCGGGGCCUCUGAGGGGAGCGGCGAUCCCGCCGGCCCCGGCGUCUUUCCCUGGCUGCGGCGGCUUCUUCCGUGGGACAAUAUGUUCAAGAGAAUGGCCGAAUUUGGGCCUGACUCCGGCGGGAGAGUGAAGGGAGUUACUAUUGUUAAACCUAUAGUUUAUGGUAAUGUUGCUCGAUAUUUUGGAAAGAAGAGAGAAGAAGAUGGGCACACCCAUCAGUGGACAGUCUAUGUAAAACCUUACAGAAAUGAGGAUAUGUCAGCAUAUGUGAAGAAAAUCCAGUUUAAAUUACAUGAAAGCUAUGGUAACCCUUUAAGAGUUGUGACUAAGCCUCCGUAUGAAAUUACUGAAACAGGAUGGGGUGAAUUCGAAAUAAUCAUCAAAAUAUUUUUUAUUGAUCCUAAUGAAAGACCUGUAACCCUAUAUCAUUUAUUAAAGCUGUUCCAAUCAGAUACCAAUGCAAUGCUGGGGAAAAAGACAGUGGUUUCAGAGUUCUAUGAUGAAAUGAUAUUUCAAGACCCAACAGCAAUGAUGCAACAAUUAUUAACAACGUCUCGUCAGCUAACAUUAGGAGCAUAUAAGCAUGAAACAGAAUUUGCAGAACUUGAAGUGAAAACCAGAGAAAAAUUAGAAGCUGCCAAGAAAAAAACAAGCUUUGAAAUUGCAGAGCUUAAGGAGAGAUUAAAAGCAAGUCGUGAGACUAUAAAUUGUUUAAAAAAUGAAAUCAGGAAGCUUGAAGAAGAUGAUCAGACAAAAGACAUAUAAACAGUUCUGAAGAGAACUUAUUAGUAAGACUUAAAUGGCAGAAUGAACUUAAUGCAAAUGCUGUGACGUUUCCGAGAGGAACUGCAUGUAUAAUUGUCGACCAGGGAUGUCUCAGCAAGGAGUCAAGGUAUUCAUUCUAUUUAAGCAAUCUUUAAUGGGAAAUAUAUGUGUAAUAAUGGAUGCUCUCUAUAGGCAUUUCACCUUCCCAUUUUUAGAGAAAUUGUAUGAUGGUAAGCACAAUUUUUAAAAGUUUUUAUUGGGGUAUGUGUGUAGCUUAUUUUCCUUUUGGCAGGCAUCAGAAUUUCAUUAUAAAACACAACUUGUACAAAUUUUCUAUUUCUCUAGUAGUUAGAAUUAGUGAAAAGAUUAGUAUGUGUAUUUACUUUUUUUCAAGUUUGUAUCUGCUCCCAUCCCAUUUUAUAUAUAAUGUUGUUGCCCAAUAUGUAUUCAAUAAAUGUAGUUUAUGGGUCCUAUUUCUGCUUCUUGGUGUGUGUUUUUUCCUCUUUGAAGACUUUCUGGAGCUCCCUCAGUACAAGUAAUAUAUCU